AUGCAGCCUCAGUACCCCGUGUCCCAGCCUCAUACUCUCCCCCCGCUGCAGCCUCAUCACAGUCAAUCUCCUGCCCCUCAUUCCUACAUGGGCCAGCCGCCGUACAGGCCGGAUCUGUCGAGGUUUCCCACGUCUACUCACGAUGUUUACGCGUCGUCGACCGCUCCUAUCAUGCCUCACACCACCGUGGGUAGCCUGCCUCCAUCUUCGUUCCUCUCCCACCCCAAUCCACAGGCGCAGCCUCAGCCUUCGCAAUAUCCUCCACCCCACAGCGUGCUGCCUCCGGCCUCUAGCGCGCAGACAUAUCCGCAGCCGAUCGCGCCGGCACCCCCGCGGGACCGGCGGCCAGACUUUUCUGGCAUGCCUUCCGGUGCUUUCAGCUACUCAGAUGGCAAGGGCUCUCCCUGGAUGAACCCGGAUCCCGUUGCGGGCGCAAACGGUGCCUCGCCCUACGGUGCAAAGGAGCCCCCUCGUACCCAGGUGGUUGGCUCUCAAGGCCGACGCGGAAUCCUCCCGAGCGUUCCGGGACGCGCCACGCCAGUCACCAACGGUGUCAAUGGUACAGCGAAGAACACCACAAUUCCGGCCAAGGAUGCCGAUGGAAAAUUCCCUUGCCCGCACUGCAACAAGACCUAUCUCCACGCCAAACAUCUGAAGCGCCAUUUGCUCAGACAUACCGGUGACCGCCCAUACAUGUGUGUUCUGUGCAAGGACACUUUCUCCCGUAGUGAUAUUCUGAAGCGCCACUUCCAGAAGUGUUCGUUACGACGUGGUAACCCGACGGGAGCGACCCACUUGUCGCAUCCCCAGGCACAUUUGAAGAGGUCUCAAGCUGCGAAUCCUGCUAAACCGGUUCAGGAUGAAGUCAGUAGUACCGUCCCUCCUGCCACUGCCCUUCCGGGUACGGCUUACGGCGAGGGGGCCGUGAACGGUAACGGGCUGGCUUCAGGCCGACCUGGGUUCACGGAUCAGCAGCCUCUGGGCUUUUCGAUGUCGCCGGUCAAUGGGAUGAACCGUGGUCAACCGGACGACGCGUUCCCCGCUGGUCAGCCGCAUCAGAGAGGCCCCUGGCUGGCGGCUCCCAAGCAGAACCCGUAUCUCGCGCAACCUGGCACUGAUGUAUCUCAGCAGCUGAGUGUUGACCGUCCUUCCUAUGAACAGGUAAAACCCCCGGUGGUCCAAGACCCUAAGCGCCCAGUAAUGCCUGGGCCCACUCCCAAUCACACUGGCGAAAUUGACUGGACUUCGAUGUUUCAGCCCGGAGCGAAUGAUGGUUACAUCAACCCCGUUUUCCCCCAAUCCAUGGCGUCUGGCCAGGAGCGAUCCAUGCUCACGUCGAUACCGAACGGAAAUUCUAUCCUACCACGACCGGUGGUCCCCAGGAAGGUGGCAUGA